AUGCGCGCAGAGGGUCAGCAACAUCCCCAGUGAAAAACAACAACAAUCAGAACCGUGGGGCUGGAAACGGAGAUGGCCCCGUGAAAACGCAACACUUACACUUAUUUCAUUGAGACAAUUCCAGUCUCGUUGCUGCUAUUUUACCAGAAACUUUAUAUGUCGACGGUGUCGAGCCCAUGAACCUGGCCAGUCUGAGCGGGGAUGCUGGCGGAAGCCAGCUUCUCUUCGCCAACUUUAACCAGGACAACACGUCUUUGGCUGUUGGCACCAAAUCAGGAUACAAGUUUUUCUCCUUGUCGUCUGUGGACAAAUUGGAGCAGAUAUAUGAAUGUACUGACACAGAGGAUGUGUGCAUCGUGGAGCGCCUGUUCUCCAGCAGCCUGGUGGCCAUCGUGAGCCUGAAGGCACCCAGGAAGCUCAAAGUCUGUCACUUCAAGAAGGGAACUGAGAUCUGCAACUACUCUUAUUCAAACACCAUACUGGCUGUGAAACUGAACAGACAGAGGCUGAUUGUGUGUCUGGAAGAGUCGCUUUACAUUCACAACAUCAGAGACAUGAAAGUGCUGCACACCAUCAGAGAGACUCCACCCAACCCGUCAGGACUGUGUGCUCUCUCCAUCAGCAACGAUAACUGUUACUUGGCGUAUCCGGGCAGCGCCACGAUAGGGGAGGUCCAGGUGUUCGACACGGUCAACCUGAGGGCAGCCAACAUGAUUCCGGCUCACGACAGCCCCUUAGCGGCGUUGGCGUUCGAUGCCAGCGGCACCAAGCUGGCCACGGCUUCAGAGAAGGGCACGGUCAUCCGCGUCUUCUCCAUCCCAGAGGGACAGAAGCUCUUUGAGUUCCGGCGAGGCGUCAAGAGGUGUGUGAGCAUCUGCUCGCUGGCGUUCAGCAUGGAAGGCCUGUAUCUUUCUGCCUCAAGCAACACAGAGACGGUCCACAUUUUCAAAUUGGAGACGCAGAAGGAGAAGUAUGUGCCGGCUGAGGAGCCGACGACAUGGGGGGGUUACUUGGGGAAGGUGCUGAUGGCGUCCACCACCUACCUGCCUUCACAGGUCACAGAAAUGUUCACCCAGGGACGAGCUUUCGCCACCGUACGCCUGCCCUUCUGCGGACACAAAAACAUCUGCGCCUUAGCUGUGAUUCAGAAGAUUCCCAGGCUGCUGGUGGCAGCGGCCGACGGAUAUUUGUACCUGUACAACUUGGACCCUCAGGAGGGGGGGGAAUGCACGCUCAUGAAGCAGCACAGACUUGACAGCAGUGCCGAACCUCCCAAUGAGAUCCUGGAACAGGGCUCACAUGAUCGCCCCCUUGUGGCCCAAACCUACAGUGCUGCUGUCAGUAAAGGUUACUGCGAAGAGCAGGGCGCGGUGGGAGGGGCGGGGCUCGAGGAGGACCUGAACGACUUGCGCCUGGAGGAGGAGAACGAGCAGCCGCCGCUCAUCCUGGAAACCGACUGACCCCGACAGAACCCUAAAACCCUCCUCCCGACGUCCAGGGGCCUCUUCUGGUGCUGCUGUGAAAACACCAGACACGACGAGGGGCAGGGACGGGAUCAAAGGCUGGGGGAGGCGUUCAGGAACCUGCCUUUCAGUCUGUCUGUCUGUCUGUGCGUUGUUCGGUUCACAUACCAAUCACCUUUCUGCCCCCCUCUCCUCUCUCCACUCCUCCUCCGUCCCCUUUAGUUUGCCUGUGCGGGCCAGAAUCUGGAGCGUUUUGCAUGUACAUGUGCCAACUGCUACAAAAAAAAGAGCAAAAACAAACCAUGCUUCAUUGUGAAACUGAGCCCCCCCCCCCCCC